GCAUACUUUGUUUUUCUUCGGGACGCAAUUGAUUUGCAUGCUCAGUGGAAUUGUGGAAAAAGUUGCGGUGUAACAGGAAAAAGUGUGUUAAAAAUACUCAUAAAUUAAUACUAAAACAAUGACGGACGACGUUAGACGCAGGAAAGGUGAUACGGACACCUUGCAAUCUCCAAAUUCACCAACAACGGCUGAUUCUUCCGAUCAUGUCGACUCAGAGGAAGAAAAGCUUCCCGAGGAAAAGUAUGUGGAGGAGAUGGCUAAGAAUUUACAGCAGGGCACGGAUAAAGUGCCCCACUUGCUAGAGACAAUCGUCUCUGGACUUCCAGCUAAAUGGAGAAAUUGGGUAAUUCGCGGUGUCUUCACAAUGAUCAUGAUAUCAGGUUUUGGACUGAUAAUCUAUGGAGGACCUCUUGCGCUCAUGGUCACGACACUUCUUGUUCAAGUGAAGUGUUUCGAAGAAAUCAUCUCAAUUGGAUAUUCCGUUUAUCGAAUUCACGGUCUUCCGUGGUUUCGAUCACUCUCUUGGUACUUCCUCCUCACAUCAAACUACUUCUUUUAUGGUGAAAAUCUGGUCGACUACUUUGGCGUUGUAAUCAAUAAAUUGGACUACCUACAGUUCCUUGUAAAGUACCAUCGUUUCCUCUCAUUCUCCAUGUACUGCGUGGGAUUCGUUUGGUUUGUACUGUCACUCGUGAAGAAGUACUACAUGAAGCAAUUCUCUCUAUUCGCAUGGACACAUGUGGCUCUCCUGAUUGUUGUAACACAGAGUUAUUUGAUUAUGCAGAAUAUCUUUGAGGGAAUGAUAUGGUUCAUUGUUCCUGUCUCAAUGAUUGUUUGCAAUGACGUGAUGGCGUACAUGUUUGGAUUUUUCUUCGGGAAAACACCUCUAAUUAAGCUGAGCCCCAAGAAAACCUGGGAAGGCUUCAUCGGUGGGGGGUUUGCAACUGUAAUCUUUGGUUUAAUGUGUUCAUGGUUUCUAUGUCGCUACCAGUACUUUGUCUGCCCAAUUGAGUACAAUGAGAAGCUGAAUAAAAUGGCUAUUGAAUGUGAGCCCAGCUACCUGUUUCGACCACAGGAAUAUGAUAUACUCGGUAAAAGUAUCACAAUGUACCCCUUUAUGCUGCACUCGCUGUCACUCAGCAUCUUCAGCUCUGUUAUUGGUCCAUUUGGUGGGUUCUUUGCAUCUGGAUUUAAGAGAGCUUUUAAAAUUAAGGACUUUGGUGACAUGAUUCCUGGUCAUGGUGGCAUAAUGGAUCGUUUUGAUUGCCAAUUCCUCAUGGCUACCUUUGUGAAUGUCUACAUUUCAAGCUUCAUCAGAACAGCAUCACCGGGAAAACUUCUUGCACAGGUUUACACACUUAAACCAGAACAACAGCUGCAACUUUUUAAUUCACUCAAAGAACAUUUGGAGACUAGAAAUAUUCUUGAUCUCAAUUAGAAGAAUUUCAUCAACAUGAAUGAUGAUCAUGAUGCAUUAAUAUAAUAUUAUGAUGAAGAAUGAGGAUGAAUAUUUGGUAUGUUUAAGAUGUUUUAAUGUUUCUUCCCUUUAAUCUCUCUAUAUCUCGAAAAAAAAUCCUUCAGUGAUGUGUAAACACAUUAAGUAAAAUCUUGAAAUAACUAUGAAACGAAUUUUCCUUUAAUGGCUCACCAGUGAGCUGUCGAUUCUAACGUUCUAACGGGUUUUAACGUUCUAAGUCAGUGGAAAUUAAGUAUGAAUUUAAUUACUAAUUCUCUUUUUUUAAAUUAUUUAUUAAUCAUAAUUAAUUCUUAACUUGAUUCAAUUUAAAAUUUAUUAAAAAUUCAUUUUAUUAUGUAUUGGUUUGUCCAAUAUUGACUCGGUUUGAAAAAUCCAACUCUUUAUGAAACAACAUUCAAAUUAAAAAAAAAUAAAUAAAUUAGAUCGAAAACAGGGUUAAUCUCUUUUCGAACAGAAUUAUUCAAUUCGAAUUUAAUUCAUACAAUUUAUACAAUUUUUACCAAUUUAUUAAGCUCUUCUUUGUGCAAUUGUUGUACAUUGAAAGAGCUCUUAACUAUGUUGGUAAAAUCUAACAUUUUAAUUUUAUUACCUCUUUAAAUAUUAAGUCUCUUUUUCAAUUCUAGAAUGAAUUGUAAAAGUUCUUUAAAAAAUGUUGUGUUAUAUCCUAAUUAUUUAAGUACUUACUUCUGUUAAUGGAUUCAUUUAAUUGAUCUUCUUUCGUAAUAUAAACGGGAUAAAUGGGUCAAUUCUGUCAAAAUUCUUUUCUUUUCUCACAAUUUUAAGAAGUUUUUGUUAGAUUUUUACGGUUAAUGAUUUUAAACCUUUAUUUUCUCUUUCCAUAAAAGAAAGACAAAAAAUUUGUUGAAAGACCUUUAAGAAAUCCCGAAAAACAAUUUUCUUUUAAAAAACGAUCAGAGAAAGAAAUAAUCUUUAAAAUCUUUAAUAAAAUUUUUCAGAAAUAUAAAAAGAAAAGAAGUUUUUAAUAGAAUUGACCCCCAAAAUCGACAGUUCACUAUAUGAAUCGAUUUUAGCAAAUAAAUAGGAAAAUAAGUAAAAAAGCUUAAAAACUCCAUAGAAAAGAUGAAACCUGACCAAAAAAAUCUCACAAUAUGUAGAAAUCCUCAAGUAAAUCUCAUCCAUCUUUAAAAAAAAAAUGUGUGUGAAAAGUUCUAAUAGAAACCUCAUUUUAGACGAGCUUCCACAUAUGGAAGACAUUAAAAAAAAAUUGUUGAAUAUUUUAGAGAAAAUCCGAUACGAAGAUGGUCACAGAAUAUUCUUAAAAAUCGUAAUGAUUUUAUUAUUUUCUUGACCAUUUUGAUUAAUUUAAUUUCUAGUCGAUUUGUAGGGAAGUGAAAAUGAGAGAAUUUAAAUAUGAAUUAGAAGAAAAAAAAUGAAUAGAAUUUUUAUGUAUGUUACUUGUUUAGAAGACCUCGAAAUCCAUAAAAAAAACAGAAAAUCAAGAAACUCCUUAUGCGUCAAGUCAUUUGAUUAUAAUCAUUUAAUAAUUAUUAAAAAAAAAGUUCAACUAACCAUUCCAUUUUUAGGGAACUUUGACCAUUUCUUUUAUUGACGCAUCAUAAACAAACUUAAGUCUUUUAGUGCAAUAUUGUAAUGUAAAUUAUGUAGUUUAAUUAAUAAAAUGAAUUAGCUUAUUGGUCCAUUAGGAGGACAAAAAAUUUUACGAAAUGAAGCAUUUAUUUUAUUGUGGCCAAAUUUUGUGCAGGUUUAAAAUUAAAUCUAGUUCAAUGAAUUUCCUAAAAUUUUCCUAAUUUUUGAUUUACUUUUAUUAAGUUAAAAGUAUCGUUAUUAGAUAUUUUUUAAUUUUAAAAUAUGGGCUUUUCUGUCAUUUUUUAGAGUCUUUCAGUUCUGUAUUCCAAGUAAUUGGAUUGAUGAUGAUUGUACAGGAAAAAGUUUUACAAUUUCCCUUUGCAAAUUGGUGCUUAGGGUUUAAUGAUGAUAAUCCCAGAAAAACGAAGAAGAAAAUAAAAGAUUUUUUUUCAGUGUAUAUAUCAAUUAUAUUUUGAAGAAAUUAUUUUCGGAAGAUUUUCUAUCAUGCAAUUUCUCUUUUUUUAUAAAAUAUUUUCAUUCAUUCACUGUUUUUACAAAGCUUUUCCCACUCACUAUGUCUAAUUUUAUAUAUUAUUUGAAAAUCCUCAAAACAUAUUUUUUCUGUAAAUGAUUUUAAAACAAAAAGCUGAAAUAAAACUGUUUUAAAUUAAAUAUUUUUACCUUUUAUUUUAGCUUCUCUCAACAAAAUUCUCAUUAAUUUGUUAUUUUUACUUUUUACAAGAUUAUAGGGAUUACAAUAAUAUAAUAUUUUAAAUGUAUAUUAAAUGUUUAGAGAAUAUAUUGUGUGGAUAUAAAAAUGUAAUAUCGACAAAAGAUUAAAAAAAAAUAUAUAAAAUAAUUGUUUUAUUACUUAAUCGACAUUACACAUACACAUGUAUGUUAUGUAUGUGUAUGCAUGUGUGUAUGUGUGUGUAGUAAAACUCUUAGAAGUUUUUGUGCAUUUUGAUUUUUACAUUUUUCGGUCAUCGUUGGGGAGUUUUUUCUCUGUAUUUUGGUGACAAUUAAAAGUAGUAAAAAAUGAGAAUUCAAAAAGACAUUUUUAUUAAAAAAAAAAACCUUGAAAAUUAUAAUAUGUAUUUUGUUUUUUAAUAAAAAGAAACAUGUCCGGCGGAAAAUGUUAUAUUAUCACAUAAAAAUUCAAUAUGUUCGUUAAAAUUGAAUUGCUUUCUUUAAACAUUUUAAAAGGUUAAAUAAUUAUUCAUCGGUAGGAGUGAAUGGUCUUUUUUACUUUUGACUUUUAAGUAAUGUCUUAAUGAAGGAAAAAAAUUUGAAUUCCUUUUUUAUCUUUGAUUUUUUUUUAUGUGGUGUACCCAGGAAGGGUUUUUGGGUGUCUAAUUACGUUAGAAGUUCUGGGAGUUUAGAUUUUCCUUAAAUGGCUCAGAAUUUUUUUUAGUUUAAAAGAAACAUGAAAAAUUUGAUUUAUAGAAAAACGUCAAACGUUAGAAAAGAAACAUCAAAUGGAUAAAAUGUUGAAAAAAGAACGUCAAUCUCUGUAGAGAAAUGUAAAACAUUAGUCCAGAAACCUCAAGUGUCAAAUAUUAUAAACAAAUGUUAAAAAUUGCCAAAAGCUGUUAAUUUGAAUAUCAACUGACACAAAACUUGACUACUUAGUUGUUUUUUAAUCCAUUUUUGCGUUCUUUAAAUUCAUUUUUCUGGAUUUCUUUUAACACACCGUUGAAAUAAUUUUUGGCUACACUCCUUUUAAUUGAAAUUGAGAUAUUUGUUCCAUUCUCCCUUAAUAUAGUGAGAAAGUUGUGUUUUUUGAGUUUCUUUUUUGUCAGAUAAUAAAAAUUUCUUUUUGGAGCCUUUUAUAUGGAAGAAUACUUUCUUGUGGGUAUAUUUCCUUUGUUUUUGGGAAGACUGCACAAAAUAUAAUGAGAAGAAAAUUCUUUAAAAUAUUUUCUUUAAAGUUUCUUAACAUUUUGUUAACAAAAAGUAAAUUACAUACUCACUCCCUCAUUGUCAUUUCAUCUUUUUAGUUUUAAAUUUCAUACAAAACGAAAGAAGAAAUAAAAAAAUUAUACAAAAUUAUUUUAUAAAAUAAUAAAAAAAAAUGAUUUUUCUCCUCUUGCAUUAAUAAUUAGUGUGUGUGCGUACAUUUUUUUCUACUACAUUCAGAUCGAAAAAUAAAAAAUUUGCAAAGUUUUCUUAAUGCACCAGCAUUGUCCUUUGCAAAAGUAGUUUGUUGCGCUUUUCUAUAAAAAUUCUAAUUUUAUUCUGAGACUUUUUGAUUUGAGAUUCUCCAUGGAAGAAUUUCAAAUUAAAUGAAAGAACCUCAAAUCAAAACAUCUUGAUUAUUUUCCCAUGAUCUACAUGGGAGUGAUCUUGUGAUGGUUCCAGCCUAUUUUUUAUCAUUUCAUAUUGUUAAAUCUACAUUUAGGAAAAAUUUAUCAAAUUAAAGAAAUAGGAAAAAACAUUAAAAGAUCACUAUGUUCAUGAGUUUUCUGUGUGCUUCAUAUUUUUUUUUA